GUUUUCCCCGCGUUUGGGACGCCCAGAACGGCUGCCCGGAGCAGCCUCUGACGGUCUGUUGUCUGGCGACGAGGCUCUGUCUCCGUACAAUCUGGGGCUGCCACGACCGAUUCCGUCACCAGAGACGUACAGUACCGAGAGAGCGCGGCUGAAACGCUUCGGGACUCCUUAAUAUGUCUGCACACGACCCUCACACACACCGAGAGCACCAUAUUGAUCCUCGAUCUUUCCCUCUCUCUCUUCAACACCACGUGCCACGCCUCCCUCUCUGUCUCCCCCACGUGCGCGAGCAUGCGCGCGCAUGUCAUCUCGAUCGAUCGAUGAGAAUGUUCUGCUACGAUCUGGCCGUUGUACGAGGCGUCGCUGCUUCUCUACCGGAGAAAGCCCUAAGGCAAAGUGAUAGCGUCGCAGUCGACCUGCAAAUAGCGCAACAGCAGCACUCGGAGUACACUAGAGUUUUGAGCGAGGAGCUGGGUCUACAGGUCGUGUCACUGCCAGCCGAUGAUCUAUUCCCGGACUGUGUCUUUGUAGAGGAUGUUGCAGUGGUUGUGGAUGGAGUAGCUCUGAUAACCAUCCCUGGUCAUGAGUCACGACGUGGAGAAACGCUUACAGUGAAGGAAGCAUUGGAUAAGACUCCCGGGCUGUCGGUAGCGGAGAUGACGGAGCCUGCACGUAUGGAUGGUGGAGAUGUUCUGUUUACCGGACGAGAAUUCUUUGUAGGACUCUCUGAUAGAACCAAUCAAGAAGGAGUGUCUCAGUUGGCAAAGACGUUUCCCAAUUACAGUGUACUAGAAGUUAGAGUGAGCGAAGGACUGCAUCUCAAGUCAUUCAUGUCCAUGGUGGGCCCAGACAGAAUCGGGAUAGGGACAUCUCCGGGAGCCAGACUGGCUCGAGAACAGAUACAGAGUGGUGCAAAAUACAUGGAAAAGUAUGAAUUUGUCGAGUUUCCCUGACGACACGGCUGCAAACUGCCUCUACGUUGGAGGUCACUUGGUUCACGUGUCAAAAGAAAUGUCACCUGGCUCGGCUAAGAUAUUUGAAGCCAUUGAAACCCCAGGGAGAAAGAUUCCUCUGAAUGGGUCAGAGCUUGGUAAGGUGGACGGUUGUCUUACCUGCUCUUGCUUGUUGAUAAAGGUGGACAAGAAAUCUAGCUGAUCGAUACUUGAGCUAAACCAUUAGUUACUGUAUUUUAGAAAACUAUUGAGAACAACAUUGAUAGCAAUUAGCUAAACUGUGAUAUUUAGCUAUAACUCACAACAUAAAAGUAGUUAUCAGUAGCUAAUGAGAUGUAACGC